AUGCACUGUUCUGCUAUGAAGACCAUCUGGGCCUUCAGUAUCUGUUAUCUCUCAUUUUUCAUGGCUGGAACACUUCAUGGUGUUCAUGCAGCACAAGGGAAAUAUGCCCAAAUGCUUUUUAAUGAACUCUUUGAAGAUUAUUCAAAUGCUCUUAGACCAGUAGAAGAUACAGACACCGUUCUGAAUGUCACCCUUCAGAUCACGCUUUUUCAAAUAAAAGAUAUGGAUGAGAAAAAUCAAAUUCUGACUGCCUACCUAUGGAUUCGACAAACUUGGUAUGAUGCCUACUUGAAGUGGGACAAAGAUCAAUAUGACGGCUUGGAUUCUAUCCGGAUCCCUAGCAAUCUUGUAUGGAGACCAGACAUUGUACUUUAUAACAAGGCAGAUGAUGAUUUUUCUGAGCCAGUGAACACUAACAUUGUAUUGAGGUACGAUGGGAAGAUUACUUGGGAUGCACCAGCUAUAACAAAAAGCUCAUGUGUGGUGGAUGUAUCUUACUUCCCCUUUGACAGCCAGCAGUGCAACCUUACUUUUGGUUCUUGGACCUACAAUGGGAAUCAGGUAGAUAUAUUCAAUUCUUUAGACAGCGGUGACCUCUCUGACUUUGUAGAAGACGUGGAGUGGGAGAUGCAUGGCAUGCCAGCUGUCAAGAACGUGAUCACCUACGGCUGUUGCUCAGAGCCUUAUCCAGAUGUUACAUUCACCCUUAUUUUGAAACGGAAGUCCUCUUUCUAUAUAUUUAACCUUCUGCUUCCUUGUCUAUUGAUAUCUUUUCUGGCUCCACUGGGAUUCUACCUUCCGGCAGACUCUGGGGAAAAAGUGUCUCUGGGAGUUACUGUUCUGCUGGCUCUGACUGUGUUUCAGCUUAUGGUUGCAGAGAGCAUGCCGCCUUCUGAAAACGUGCCCUUGAUAGGUAAAUAUUACAUUGCCACUAUGACAAUGAUCACAGCAUCCACAGCACUGACAAUCAUUAUAAUGAAUAUCCAUUACUGUGGCUCAGGAGCCAAACCUGUCCCACACUGGGCAAGGGUGGUCAUUUUGGACUAUAUGUCCAAGAUCUUCUUUGUUUACGAUGUCGGUGAAAAUUGCACAAGUUCUCAAAGCAUGAAAGAGCAAGACUCAAGUCUGAAAAAAAUCAAUACAUGUACAAAAGGCAACAAGUACGAAGGGGCUCAGAGAUCCCUUGCUCAGAUCCGAAAGAGCAACAGUGGCCGGAACAAGGUGCCUCCUGAAGAUGUGAGCAACAAUUAUGGGAUCAGGGAUGAAAGCUGUUGUUCUUGCUACCGGAUACUGAUUAAAAAUAUUGAAUAUAUUGCUAAUUGUGUGAGACGCCAUAAAGCCAACCAUGCAAAAGGAGUGGAGUGGAAAAAAGUAGCCAAAGUGAUGGACAGAUUCUUCAUGUGGAUUUUUUUUAUUAUGGUCUUUUUCAUGAGCAUUUUAGUUAUUGGCAAAGCUCUUUAA